CAACAACACAGUAAAACUUACCUGAACCGUUGUUCGGUGUUUGUUUCGAUUUUGUAUAGGUAUUCUUCCCCUCAAAUAACUUGGAUUUCUCUUCUGCUUUCUUUAAUUCCUUCGAUUUCUACGUCUCCAUUCUCAUCAACGGCUCUGACUAACGAGGGACGGCUUUCAAGGCACAAGAAAGGAGGAGCUGUUCGAGUUACAGCCACCUACCCAACAUGGACUCCAUGAGAUCGUUGAACACUUCCUUACCGAGCUCGACUCCUCGUCCUCAACCCCCUGAGCAACUUCUGCAGUCGUUCAAAGCCGCCGCCCUAUCCGUGACCAACCUCUACAAGAAUGCUGUCUGCGAACAAUCCCAGGCAAGGCAAGCGGGCUACCAGGAAGCAAUUGAGGAUCUGUUGCAGUUCCUCGACAGGGAGAACUUGGGCUUAGGAGAUGGAGAAGGCUGGUCGGUUCGACAAUGGGCAACGGAGAGACUGGAUAGCAACGGGGUCCCCGGUAGCGACGAUGACGAUACCGAAAAGCGAGCUAGGAGCACAACGCCGGCUGCAGUCCGCAAGGAACAGUCUGGGCCAGACGCUUCGCAAUCACCACCCAAACCCGCCUCGUCUCCUCAAGAUGCGCACGUUGCCCCGCAGCAACAGCAACAAUCGCAGCCGCAACCGGCACCACCAUCACAGCCAGAAGCCAACUCCUUCGACAAGCCAGCCAUUUUCACAUUCACGUCUGGCCCUUCGUUCCCUCAGCCUCAAGAGCAAGAUGUCGACAUGCAACCAUCGGAAAAUUCUUCCGAUGGAGCACCUGUUCUCUCCGUCUUCCCUCGCAACUCCCGCUCGCAGCAUCGCCACAACAACUUGACACGAUCCAACCAGCGUACGUCGGCACGCGAACCAUCUGUCGGGGUAGGUUCGAAAAGGAAACUUGCCGUUCCUGACUUCUUUGACUUGUCCGAUAUGUUUGGAGGGGGUAAAAGGGGUCGUUUCACCUAAAGAAUAUGAAGUCGGAUGACGGGACGAAGCUUAUAUUCUUACGGUGUCACGCAGCGGUUGAUUGAUUCGACAUUUUGCAUUUCGUGGGAGUCUUGCAUUUGCUUUCUGGUUUUCCUUUUCGUCUUCAUCUUUUGAUAUAUUCUGUUUUUCUUUUCUCUUCUUCUAUUUCUUAUGUUUUAUGUUUCUUAAAUCAUUUUAAACACAUAGACCUUAUUGAGCAGGGCGAUACCCGGGGUGGAGGUUAUUCUUCUUCAUUUUGAGUCGUAUAAAUACAAUUAUCUUGGAAAGCAG